GGGCUGCUGAUGAGAGAGAGAGAAAGAGCCGUCGUGGACGCGCCGGCCUGUGUGUUGGUGUUGGUGGUGUUAGUGUUGGUGGUGGUGUAUGUGGGAGCAGGAGGAGAGACUCUGCAGUGUCUUGGCAGCUGCAUUAGUGCAUCUCCCACCGUCCGCGAUGCCUCCACGGCCAAUGCCUGCCUCCUCCGCGUCCACUCGACAACACAGACCGACAUGAACUGAACCGCCCGGACGUUCACACCAGCUCGCCGUAUGCCCCGGAGACAGUCCGGAGAGCUUCAUUCACGCACCGAAAACGCCGUGACGAGACUUGUUAAUGGAAAAUGGCGAUAGGCAAAGGGUCUUGCAGCAUCGUCUGCUUGGUAUCUAUCCAGAUUAUCUUGAUUUUCAGCGCAUCGUGGCCUGGAGCGGCGGGUCUCACGUUCCCCCAGCAAUACACGAUAAUGCACUGGGCCAGGCGUAUCGAGCAGGAGAUUGACAGAGUCUUUCAGCACAUCACUGGAGCUCAGCAGUUGAAAGGGAUAUACAAUGAAGAGAGACGACGGUUUAGUCUUGUGAAGAAUCAGCCUCGGAAGAUUGUGGAGAAGGUGGCCUCAGACAUAGAGAAACUCCUGGCUAAGAAGCGCAAAGCACUUGAUAGGUUAGCCAGUGAAGCAGAGCGGCUCCAGCGAGAGCAUCUAUGGCAGGAUGGUAUCAAGGAGCUGGACAUGGCUUAUUAUGACUCAAAGGCAGAGCUGGAUUAUUAUUCCAUGGAUGGAGAAGGAGAGGUGGAAAAUCCUUCGCACAUCAAGCUGGAGUUUGUGUAUGAUCCAAACUUCAAGAAUAAUGUCAACUAUUCGUACACAGCUGUUCAGAUUCCCACAGAUAUUUAUAAAGGAGCUCCAGUCAUUCUAAAUGAGUUGAACUGGACGCAGGCGCUGGAGAAAGUGUUCAUGGAGAACAGUCAGGAGGAUCCAUCAUUGCUGUGGCAAGCGUUUGGGAGUGCGACGGGAGUCACUCGCUACUACCCAGCCACACCUUGGAAAGCCCCUGAUAAAAUCGACUUGUAUGACGUCAGGAGGAGGCCGUGGUACAUCCAGGGAGCCUCAUCCCCCAAAGAUAUGGUCAUUCUUGUUGAUGUGAGCGGCAGUGUCAGUGGACUCACCCUGAAACUGAUCAAAGCGUCAGUAAUGGAAAUGCUGGACACUUUGUCUGAUGAUGACUACGUCAACGUGGCCAGGUUUAACGAGAAGGCCGAGGCUGUGGUUCCCUGCUUCAAACAUCUCGUCCAGGCUAAUGUACGCAACAAAAAGAUCUUCAAGGAUGCAGUGCAGCAAAUGCAGGCUAAAGGCACCACUGACUACAAGUCUGGAUUUCAUUUUGCCUUCAACCAGCUGUUAAAUAAGACAAAUGUCCCUCGGGCCAACUGCAAUAAAAUAAUCAUGCUAUUUACCGAUGGAGGAGAGGACAGAGCUCAGGAUGUCUUCAUGCAAUACAACUGGCCCAACAAAACGGUUCGAGUUUUCACCUUUUCUGUGGGUCAACACAACUAUGAUGUCACACCUUUACAGUGGAUUGCAUGCACCAAUAAAGGUUACUAUUUUGAGAUCCGUUCCAUCUGUGCUAUAAGGAUUAACACCCAGGAGUACCUGGACGUGCUGGGACGCCCCAUGGUCCUGGCAGGCAGCGAUGCCAAGCAGGUUCAGUGGACCAAUGUGUAUCAGGAUGCUUUGGGUCUUGGCAUGGUAGUAACUGGGACUUUGCCUGUAUUUAAUCUCACCAUGGAUGGAAACUCACAGAAUCAGCUGAUAUUGGGUGUCAUGGGAGUCGACGUGCAUCUGGACGAGAUAAAGCGACUAACACCACGGUACAAUCUUGGAGCCAAUGGAUACAUAUUUGCCAUUGAUCCAAAUGGAUAUCUUCUCCUUCACCCUAAUCUUCAGCCAAAGCUUGUGAACCUCCCUGAGCCUGUGACACUGGACUUCCUGGAUGCAGAGGUGGAGGAUAGCAAUAAAGAAGAGAUCCGGCGGCAAAUGAUUGAUGGAAAACCAGGUGAAAUGCAGGUCAAAACUCUUAUCAAGUCGAUUGAUGAGCAAUACAUCGAUGAGGUGUACCGGGGCUACACAUGGACUCCUAUCAACGGUACAGAUUACAGUCUUGGUCUGGUAUUACCCCCCUACAAUGACUACUACAUCCAGGCAGACCUGAGUGAUGUGAUGCUACAGCUCCAGUAUAUGCAGUCGUUGCUGCCCAGCUCCUUUGAAUCCUCAGGUCAUGUGUUUCUGGCUCCAAGGGAAUACUGCAAACGUCUGCAUCUGUCCGACAACAACACCCAGUUUCUGCAGAACUUCCUCUCACUCAUGCUGGACAUUUCCCCAGAAUCUGAUGAGUGUGACCAAGGCCUCAUCCACAACCUGAUUUUGGAUUCUAGGAUUAUCGGGCAGCUGGCCUCUCGUGUUUGGAAGAACAAAGACUUGAAUUCGUAUGGCUUCCUGGCUGUAUUUGCGUCCACUGAUGGAGGAAUAACACGUGUUUUUCCUAACAUGGCUGCUGACUUAUGGGAUGAGGAUCCUGAACCCUUCAAUUCCAAUUACUACAGACGGAGCCUCGACAACAAAGGUUACAUGUUCAGAGCUCCAUCGAGAUCCUCGUUGGACGACCCUGCAGCAGCAGAAAAUGGCACCAUUGGAAUUCUGGUUAGUUCAGCUGUUGAGGUUAAUUUAGGAGGCAAACUGCUCAAACCUUCAGUGGUUGGAGUGAAGCUGGACUUGGAAGCGUGGGUGGACAAGUUUAAGAUCCUGGCUAGCAACGUGUCAGACAGUCGGCAGGGCUCACACAAGUGUGGACCAUCCAGAAGUUGUGAGAUGGACUGUGAAGUCAACACCGACGACCUCCUCUGCUAUCUCAUUGACGAUGGUGGCUUCCUGGUGAUGUCCAAUCAGAGAGAUCACUGGAAAAAGAUUGGUCUUUUCUUUGGUGAUGUGGACCCUUACCUGAUGCACGCACUCUACAACAACUCAAUCUUCACUCGCCGUCAGUCUUUCCACUACCAGUCUGCAUGUGAACCAAUCAGCAGCAGCCACACCGGUGCAGCACCCAGGGGCAUCUUUGUACCGUCCAUCGCUGACAUCCUCAGCUUGGCCUGGUGGACAUCCACAGUGGCAUGGUCUGUGACCCAGCAGCUACUGUAUGGACUGGCGUACAACAGCUGGCUCUACCAAGAUGAUGUCCUGGUUGAAGGUUUCGAGACGAGGGAAAGCAGCUGUGUGACCAUCCAAAGCCAGUUCUACUUUACAAACACCACCAACUCCUAUAACGUGCUGCAGGACUGUGGAAACUGCUCACGGCUGUUCCAUGCGAAACGGAUAGAAAGCACCAACCUCCUCUUUGUGGUCGCUGAGACGCUUCCCUGCAGCUCAUGUGAGAUAGAGAGAUUGACACAGGUCAGGACAGAGUUUCAGGAGGAGAAUCCAUGCGAAGUACUGAGCAACGCACGAUAUCGUAAAGGCCCGACUUCCUGCUUUGACUACAGUGCCUUAGAAAACACGUCAGAGUGUGGACGGGGUCAUGCUCUGCAGUCCUCCAUAGGAGUCUCUUUAUUCAGCUUAUUCUGCCUCUUUUUCAUCUCUGACACUUGCAAACACUCUAACUGACAUCUUUCAUCUCUUUGGGUUUAGGCUCGGAUCUACUGAAGGUUAGAUCAAACAGAAACUGCAAAAUUUUUCUUUUUUGAUUUACAAACGGCCCACAGUGCAUUGGUGCUUGGGGGAAAAAUAAUGGCUCAGCUCUUAGUGUUUUUUGCCUUAUUGCUCAUGCAUUUGUUGGUGUUUCAGGGCUCGAGUGCAAAAUAUAGGAAGAGAAUGUGUUGAGUGUGCAUGCUACUUAAACUAGGACAAGCAUGUUUAAAAUUUCUGCACACAGGCUCAGCCAUGUAAACGAUUACCAAAAAGUCAGGGAGGAAACUGAGAUGUACUUUUAACAGGCCAAUAUAUAAUAGACAGCUACAGUUAUAGGUUUGAUUAAGGUGGUGAAAUUAUAAAAGAUCUAAAAACUCAGUUGGAUUCAAUUGCUUUGUGGUACAAAGCGAUAUUUAUUAUAUAAGUAAAGACGCAAUACCGAACAGUACAAAUACAAGCAAAAGUGAAUGGAAGUAUUAGCAUCAAAAUUAACAGCAGAAAGGACCCUUUCUCACCAUAUCAUGCACUAUAUUAUCAGAUUAUUAUUGCUGAUGUACAUGUUGGAGCAUUUUAGUGUUGUUGCUUAUCAAGAUAAUUUCCACUACUUUGUAUACUGUUGAGUAGUUUUAUCUACAACAAUCAUUCUCAGUAUUUACUACAGUAGCAGUAGAAGCAUUAAAGUGUUUACAAUCAGUCUUUCCCACCAAACCAGCUUGUAUUCUUGAGGUUUAACAAACAGGUUGAAAGCAUUUCCUGACACAUUAAAAAGUAGGAUUUAAAAACAAAUGUAUAUGCUUUGUGUACAUCCAUGUUUACUUGCUAACAGUUUUCUUCUGCCCUACAUUCUCUGGUCACCUGCCAGCUUGCAAAACGGGGACCUACUUACAAAAACAUUGCGCCAUAGCACUUUAAGCUACUUUAAGUAGCAUAAAAUGGAAUUACUUGUGUAAAGAACAAAAAACCUCAACACUGUACCCAAGUAUAGUACUUGAGUAAAUACUUAGUUACUUUCCAUCACUGAAAAUACACAGCUGAGUGAUAUAACAACUUUGUACAGACAGUAUUCUGAGUUUUUAGAUCUUUCAUUGUUACUGUGGUUCAUUAGAUGAGGCCCACCUCAAUAGUUAAUAUGGAUUUACAGUUUUCAUACAACUGCAGUGUAAAGCUAUCCAAGACGUUUACACAACAGACAUCUUUACAUUAAUCUAACUGCAUGAACAUGUAAACAAACAGACAGAAUCUGCUGCUGGUUGAGCUUCACUCUCUUCUGUAGUUUUCUCAGACUCUGCUGCUUCUGGCAACUUCUGCUUUUGUUGGCUUUGUGAAAUUCAAAAUGAAUUGUCUGCGCCAGUUUUCAUUUGCAUGGCCAGUCCUAGAAAAAGUAUUUGCACAAUAAAGGAGCUCCUGCACCUACAGCAGUUUUUACAUUAUAUAAGAUCCGGGCCUUAACCUCACAUUCACUUCAGUGUCUUUCAAUCCACCUCUGACCUUUGCCAAGACAGCUUCAGGACUAAAAGGUGUAUCAUACAUGACAACGACCAAGAAUGACUUCCCUCUGCCGUCUCAAGUACGCCCUGUCUUUUAAAUCUUUAAAUCUAACCAUAUUUCAGACAGAAUUUAGAUGUAUUUUUUCCCCCUAAAAAUAUUUUCUUAGAGCACUUUGACGUAUAGGACAACAGGUGAGAAAAGCCAAUAAGAUGAGAGAUACCAAUGUUAGACCUCCAGCAAGAUUUUGUGACUUUUCACAACACAUAUCAGUGGUGAAAUGUCUGUGUAGUUUCAUUGUUAAAGUCAAGGUUUGUUUUGUUGAAAUGUUUCCACAGAGACUCUGUAUGAUCUUGAAGUGCUUCCAGUUGAUAAGAAGUGUAAAACCAGACUAAAACAGACCAAAAAAGGACAAUACUGCUGUCAUAAUUAAAUUCUUUAUUCUAGUCCUAAUUAUCAUGACCACAAUGUAUCAUGCAUUUCCAGUAAUUUCCAUGCAGUGUUAUCUGUGUAGUCGUACAGCACAAAACACGCACAGGCGUCAGUGUGUGUGGCCAACAUGUUUUUAAAACAUAUUACAUCAGUUAGUAAUUAGUGAUUGAGGGGAAGCUCUCUGUCCCUUUUUUGUAUCUUGUAUUAGCACUAUUUGUCAAACCUGAAUUUAUGCACUUAUGUAUGCUUCUGUAUGGGGAAUGUAGCUUCUGAACAGCUUUCGGUGUUAUCAAUAUGUUAUCAGUCUGUGAUCCUUUUUGACCCUCUGUUGAGAUUCCCCUGAAGUCUCUUUAAAAGUGAUGAUUCACUGUGGAAGAAUAUUUAAAUUUUUAUCAUGCAUACCUCAUACCUGAUGACAUCUAAAAUGUCUGCCCAGUACUGCAUGUAGUGUUGCACUUAAAAUGUUUGUAUAGUUUAUUUAGUCUAUGUCAGGGAUGUAGAUGUGGAUACAGGCGUACAGGUUGAACCUUGACCCCAUAGUACAAGAAGUAAUACACACAACAUAUAUUAGGGCUGUAAAUUAUUUUCAUUAUCGAUUGUUCUGGCCAUAAUUUUCUCAAUUAAUCGACACUUGUUUUGUGUGUAAAAUGGGAACAAAAUAAUGAAAAAUGCUUCUCACAGUUUCCCAGAGAUCAGACUGACAUCUUUAAAAGAUUUGUUUUGUCUGAACAACUGCACGAACCCCAAAAAUAUUCAAGCAUCAAACCAUCACACUGCACAAGCUGGACCAAGCAAAUGGUUAAUUGAUAAUCGAAAUAGUCGAUCAACUAAUAGUGUAAUUGUGUCACAUAUAUUUUAUGUAUAAAGUUCUGUAGUUGUAAGGUACAGUUCAAAGAGUGAGCAGGGUGUUCAGUAGCUGUUUCUGCUAAAGUCUUACAAACAAGGCUAUAGCAUAUGUAAUGUUAAAACAUAAAAUGUGUUCAUUAGUAUGCUUUUCUAAAGACCCCCUUCACUUUUAAGUUUUCACAUCACACAAAUCACAUACAGUUGUGAUGUCACAAAUUCUGUUCUUACAGAUGUUUUAAAAUCAGAUUUAAGGUAAGCAUGGUGAAACUUUCAUCCUUCAGCAGAUUAAUAUGAAAACUUUUUUUAAUGUCACACUCUGCCCAUACAUCAUUCUGCACAGUGAAGGUCAAACAGCCAAGUAGAGUAAACACAUUUUGGAAUCGAGGGGGACUUAAAUUAUUCAAACUAAUUUGAAUGAAUAAGAAAGUAAAGAGUUGUGCAUGAUAAAAUCCUGGAAACAUUUUCCCACAAUGAUUCAUCAGCCCCUGAUGUCUUUUUUGUUUUAUCAUUUGAUCUGAUUAAGGAGUUAAUGGUGGAUAUUUUUAAAAAGCUUUUUUGACAAAAUAUUUGUAAAAUGCUGUUUUUCUCCGUCUGCCUGGUGUUCCACCCUUGCAGUGCCUUGUUGCACUCAUUCUGGAUGGCAGGAACGUUUGGAUCUUAGACGUGUGGACGUUCAUCCUGCAGACCGUGUGAAAGACACACUUGAAUUUCGAGGGUUGCAAUGGUUCAACUCUGAAUGGACUUCUCGGUCAGGGAACAAAAAAAGAUGCUCUUCAUGAACUUGUGAAACCUUUUUUAAAGGAGCACCACGCAGUUGUGAAAGAGCACGACAGAAGUGUGUCAAGCAGCCGGCCUCCCUUCCUGCCUUCUCAUGGACAGAUGUGUGUCAAAGCUGCCCUUCUGCUACGUGUUGUUUAUCUCUACACUGUGGUUCAGCCUCGAAUCAAAGCACAGACACUGUCCAUUUUUCAUAGAUUUACUCCGUCCCAUCUGCACACUGUAUAUUCUAUAUUUGAAGCCUGUCGGAAACAUGUACUUUUCCAUCAGGACUGACUGAAACGAGUGAAUGUUUAUGUACAGUAUUACCUGCUGUUGUGCAUCUCUGCUGUACCCGAGCAUGGUGGGGACCGGAGAAGCAGAUUAAAGCUCAACACUGUUUGGAGACCUCAGCAAAAACACUGAUUAAAAAAAAACAAAAAACAGACCAAAACAAAAAGCUUUUAUUGGGAGACCUGCAGUAUUAACUUUAGGUCGUAUUGCAUCAUUCAAACAACAUUGUUGUACAUUGACGGAAAGACAUUUUGUGAAACUCUUUAUAGCCUACAAUAUAUUACUACUGUUGAGGUCAGUGUUGUAGUUUUGUUUAAAAUUACCGGUAUUUAUUUGCAUGAUAUUUUAAACAAUUUACAGAUUUGUGUAUAUAGUCUGAUGGAUAUUUUACAUUCCUGUCCACAUCCAGCUCUCCAGUCCUGUGGGGAGAAACGGAGGCGCCCUCUGUGGAUAUUUGGGGUGAUGUGGAGGCCUCUGAGCUCUUUGCUGUGUGUAAACUCACGAAGCUGAAAGUUUGACUUCAGUGAAGCCUACAAUAACUGUCAGUGUUUGCAAUUUAGGUCUUUUGCAGCAAGUAAAAGCACAGAGAAGUUUAGAGUUAUGAGCAACAUACUGCCUGAUUAAACUUUUGUCAUUUAUUUAGGAAAAAAGUGACAUUAAAAAACACUGGAUAUUAUUUAUGCAUUUAAAGGCUGUAUAACAAACAAAACAAGGCAGUGGCAUGUGUGGGGACACCCCUUUAUGAAUUAACUUAGUUUAUGAAAUAGAUUUAAGUGUUGCUUAUUUAAUUUGUUUAUGUAUUAUUUUAUUUAUUUGUUUAUUUAUUUGGGUAUUGUGAAUAAUACUUGUAUUGAACAGAAAGGAAUUGAAUGUGUUUGAAGCUUGCGUGGGCACACUAAGCAGUUUACAAGAAAAUUGCAGAAACAGAAAAAAAACAUAAUCUACUGUAUGUCUUUGUCCUUUUUUUAUUUACUGAGUAUCAAAAGAUGAGAAUGUUAAUGUUUUUGCUGUAACUUUGCUUUUCAUUUUGCUGACGUUGUUGUUUACUCGGGACAGUUUCCUCUCUUUGUGCCAGUCUCCAAUGCCACCUCAUUUUUGUACAGACGAUGUGAAGCAGUCAGCAGAAGAUGAAGGCCAACUUUGUAAAGAUUUUGUCAGUCACAUUACAAAAUGGAUAUUUAAAUGUUUAUAUCUUUGGUGAUUAAAUGCUAUUGAUAUUUUUCACUUCA